UUAUAAUCAAAUUGGUAGGUCACGUUGACGACCAUGUUUAAAGAAACAACGUGCUGACAACACUACUUUCGGCAUUUUUUUUUUGUUACACAAUAGCUCCUGCCUAUAAAAGAGGCAAAAACAGUGUACUCUUUGUAAAUGAACAAAGUGUCCUACUGUGUAAAAAUGUUUUCUUUAAGAUUGUGUUUUGCGGCGAUCGUGCUUCCGCUUUCUGUAAACUGUUUUAUUUUGGACACAUUUCUGGGGAAAGCGCCGCAAACAGUGGGUGCACUCGAUUUAAAUAAAUACCUCGGAAGAUGGUAUCAGAUGUAUGCCAGUCAAUCUGUGGUUUUCCUCUGGGAAUCAGAUGCUUACUGUGUGACUGCUGACUAUGAACUAUGGGCUAAUGGCACUGUGUCAGUUUUGAACUCUGAGCGACUACAUAACGCUACCGGUCCUUUAAAAGUCAUCACUGGUUCGGCAACAUCGUCAAAUGAGCCUGGCAAAUUCACUGUUCGUUUGCAAACUGUUCCAGUAGGCGCAUCCUACUGGGUAUUGAAGCUUGGACCAGCGACAUAUGGUGAUAAGUUCCAGUAUCAAUAUUCCAUUGUUAGCGACAAUGUAAGGGGAACGCUCUUCGUACUGGCUAGAGACCCAGACAUAUACCACAUGGAUUAUGAAGCAGAAGUUAAUACAUUCUUGAAGGAGCACGGCUUUAGGACAUUUUACAAUAAGCCUAUAAAUACAUACCAUGGCAAAGACUGUAUUUAUAACUCAAAUCACCAUUGAAUGUUUAUGAUAUUUUUGUACUUUAUUUUGUUACUAUAAACGAUACAUAGCAUUGUAUGUAAAUUACAUUUUUUAAGCUUU